AUGGAAAGUGUUCGUGAGUUAAUGAGUAUUCACUUAGGGCAGGCAGGAGUGCAAAUUGGUAAUGCAUUCUGGGAGCUUAUCUGCCUGGAGCAUGGAGUGGGUCCGGACGGAUGCUUGGAAAAGGCCCCUGACAAUGACGGAAGCAUAAUAAGCUCGGUUUUUGAGAAGGGCAACAAUGGAGUGUAUCCUCGAACUGUAAUGGCUGAUCUGGAGCCAUCAGUCAUUGGUAAGUCCCAAUAG